CAUUAUUCCCUGUUUGGUUGUCACGUAAUCCAUCCACCCCGCGAGGCGUCCGUACGUUGCGUAACUAUAAAAGGCGUCGUCACGUUGUUGAGAUUAUUAGUUGCGUUGCAGGUUGAGAGUAGGAAGAAGAAGUAACUGCUUGCUGUGCAUCGCCGAUUCUUACUCGUUGCCAAUCACCAUUACUGUGUGUGUGUGAUUCGGAGGUACUCACUCUGCGUGCUAUGGCGGCGGCGCGGAACGAAGGUUGCGAUGGAGUUGUCGAUUUCAGGCUUCCUUCGACGAGUACUGUGAUGGUAGGACGACGUGAAGAUGAUGAGAAGUUCGGCAAGUUCGCUUCUCCGAUUGAGCAGAAAUCGUACCGACUGGGAAUGGUGAAGUCGCCGCCGAGGCGGUGCGCGGAAUCGAACUCUCAUUUGAAGUUUGAACAGCAGAGAUCGAGAAACAGGCAACAGAAAGGCGGCCAUCAAAGAGCUGCAAAAAACUGGACCUCAGGUGGACCUGGAAUGCAGGCGAUAUUCCUUGGACCGUCAAACCAGAGAUGUUGUGGAACUGGAGUAUUUCUUCCCAGAAGGGAAGGCACUGGAUUCCAAUGUAGCAGUAAGCCAGCUUUCUCUCCAGUUUUGCUGCCUGCAAGAGUGGUUCAAGCCCUCAACCUUAAUGUGCAUGAACUUGGUCUGCUCAUCAAUAAACCCCAACCAGAACAUCAUGAAUUGAAAAAUAAUAGUUUGAAAAAAAGACAUGAAAAGUUGGAGGAGAAGCAGAAGCAACGGCAGGCAGCAGAUGAUAUAAUAAGUCUCUCCCCAGAGAUUUUCCUCCCUAAAGAAUGGACUUAUUAAUAAUUAUAUUCUCAAUAAAUAUACCAAUAAAUAUACACGGUGUGGGUGUGGGCGUGGGCUGCCUUCAUGAUUUAUUUAACAAUUUGAUAAUAUAUAUAUAUAUAUAUAUUUAAAUAUGAUUUGUAAAUUGCAUGUUUUUCAUUAUGUAAUUAAGCUACACAUUUAUUGCUUGUAUAGUGGGGGCGGGGUUUGAUUAUAAGAUAACAUGCAUGAU